AUAAUCCGCACCUACACUGACGUUCCGUCGUCGCGCGUCUUCAGGCGUGCUAACAUUUCCUAACCUAAUCUCGUUCCGCAGCGUGUACGCCGUGCCGGACUUUCCUUAGGGUUCAAAUAUUUAAAUAAAGUAAUGGAUCCUGCAGAAGAAGCUAUGAUAGAAGAUGACGAUAGGGAAGCUGAAGAUGAUGACGACGACGACGAUGCGGAUGAUGAAGAUAUGGAAGCAGAAGACGAUCAUGAUGCAGAGAAAAAAAGUAAAAUUUACUUGCCAGGACAGCCGCUAGAAAAAGGAGAAGAAUUGGUAGUAGAUCAUUCAGCAUACAGGAUGUUACAUCAAGCUCAAACAGGAGCUCCGUGUCUGAGCUUUGACAUCAUCAGGGACGACCUCGGAAACUCACGGGAGACAUAUCCCAUGUCAAUGUACAUGUUAGCUGGUACGCAAGCUGCAAGAACACAUGUCAAUAACCUACUCGUCAUGAAAAUGUCUAACCUGCAUGGCACUGCCCGUAACAAUGAGGAAUCUGACGAGUCUGAUUCAGAUGAAGAUGACGAUGAAGACGAAGCUCGAGCUCCUGUUAUGACAGUUGCUUCUAUAAAACAUCAGGGAUGUGUGAAUAGAGUGAGGUGCGCACAAGUGGGGAACAAAGUCUUUGCUGCAAGUUGGAGUGAACUGGGCCGUGUAUCCCUUUGGGAUUUGAACGAGCAGCUGAGAGCAGUAGACGAUCCCUUGUUGCUGAGUAAUUAUCGUAAGCGAAAUGAUCAAGGCAAUGAUGGAGCCAAACCAAUAUUCACAUUCAAGGGACACCUGCAAGAAGGAUAUGGCUUGGAUUGGUGUCCUACUGAAGAAGGAACUCUGGCUUCAGGUGAUUGCAAAGGCAACAUUCACAUCUGGCAUCACAAUAAUAGCAGCAGUGGUGAAGACUGGCUUGUAGAUCAAAGGCCUUACAAUUCCCAUGCUCCACAUAGUGUUGAGGAUCUCCAAUGGUCUCCAAAUGAAAGGCAUGUGCUUGCCUCAUGUUCCGUCGAUAAAAGUAUUAAAAUUUGGGACACAAGAGCAAAUCCUCAGGCAGCUUGCAUGCUGACGGCAGGAGAGGCGCACACAGCUGAUGUAAACGUAAUCUCGUGGAACAGAAAAGAAUCACGUUUUCUGGUAUCUGGUGGCGAUGACGGUAUUCUACACAUAUGGGAUUUGCGACAAUUCAGUCCCAAUGGUACUAAACCAGUUGCAACUUUCAAACAACACACAGCACCGAUAACAAGUGUAGAAUGGCAUCCUGGCGAAGCUACCGUCCUCGCGUCCGCUGGUGCAGAUGAUCAAAUAGCACAAUGGGAUCUCUCAGUGGAAGCAGAUAAUAUGGAAGAACAAGACAGUCAACUUGCAUCGUUACCGCCUCAAUUAUUAUUUGUACAUCAGGGUCAAACUGACGUAAAGGAAUUACAUUGGCAUCCGCAGUGCCCAGGUACUCUUGUAUCUACUGCUCAUUCUGGUUUUAAUGUAUUUCGUACGAUUAGUGUAUGAUUUAUAUUCGUCUGCAAUAAAGUACUGUAAAAAGA